AACAAGAAGUGAUUGGUCACCCAAUAUUGUGCUCCAAGUGCAAAUAUGUAAAAUAUUUGACUACCUGAAUUCACCCUAACAGUCGUGAGCAUAUCGAUCACGAAACCGUCAACGUGACGUGUCCGUUCGUGUCUCCGUCGUACGGAUGAUUUGAUCAGGUUUGACAGCUCGGAGGAUGUGCGAAAGGGCUGUGCCAAAAGGACCGUUGACAGAUUUCUGAGAAUUUCGACGUUCGCGCAGCCCUACAUGCGACAGCGUCCGGAUAUCGCAGCAGUGUUCACGAGCCACGUAACCUGACUGAGCCCCGGUUUCUCGGCCGGGUACACACGAGUGUAUUGGGUAGCGAGUGAGGUUAGGUUUAUCGUCCAGACGCGUCACCAGGAUGACCAGUCUACGCGAUCGUCAGAUAAACGCCCUGAAGCAGAUGCUGAAUCUGAAUCAGCCCGAGCUUCGGCCCGAGGGCGCUGUGCCUACGUGGAAGAUUCUCGUCUACGAUCGCCUCGGCCAGGACAUCAUAUCACCGCUGAUCUCCGUCAAGGAGCUGCGCGAGCUCGGCAUCACGCUGCACAUGCAGCUGCACUCGGAUCGCGACUCCAUCCCGGAGGUGCCGGCGAUCUACUUCUGCGCGCCCACGGACGAGAACCUCGGCAGGAUCGGCCAGGAUCUGCAGAACGGUCUGUACGACAUUUAUCACUUGAACUUCAUCUCGCCGAUCACCCGGCAGAGGAUGGAGGACCUGGCGGCCGCGGCGCUGCUGGGCGGCGUCGUCGCCAGUAUCCACAAGGUGUUCGAUCAGUAUCUGAACUUCAUCACUCUGGAAGAUGAUCUUUUUAUCUUGCGUCAUCAGAACAGCGACGUGAUAUCCUAUCACGCGAUUAAUCGCGGCGACGUCAAGGACAGCGAAAUGGAGUCCGUGAUGGACAUUAUCGUAGACUGCUUGUUCUCAGUGUUUGUCACUCUAGGUACGGUGCCAAUUAUCAGAUGUCCCAGAGGCAACGCUGCUGAGAUGGUCGCCAAGAUGAUCGACAAGAAGCUACGAGAAAACGUGUGGGAUGCGAGGAAUAAUCUAUUCGAGGGUGAGGCGACCGGUCACUUCAGCUUCCAGAGGCCUCUGCUCAUCGUGCUGGACCGCAACGUCGACAUGGCUACACCGCUACAUCACACGUGGACGUAUCAAGCGUUGGCGCACGAUGUCUUGGAGAUGGCAUUGAACAGACUCGUCGUGGAGGAGAGCGUAGGACGAUCUCCCGCUGGUGGGACACGCUCCAAGACGCGCGCUUACGAGCUGGACAACAAAGAUCGCUUCUGGUGUCAGCAUAAGGGCAGCCCAUUCCCCAGAGUGGCAGAAGCUAUACAGGAAGAGCUGGAGCAGUAUCGUACCUUCGAGGAAGACGUGAAGAAACUCAAGUCCUCCAUGGGCAUCGACAAUGACAGCGAAGUGGCGUUGUCCAUGGUGUCCAACAACACAGCGCGUCUGACGAGUGCCGUCAAUUCUCUGCCGCAGCUUUUGGAGAUGAAGCGACUGAUCGACAUGCACACGUCGAUAGCGACCGGUAUCCUGAACGCCAUCAAAUCUAGACGGCUCGAUACUUUUUUUGAGCUGGAGGAGAAGAUCAUGAGUAAGCAAACGCUCGACCGCAGCGUGCUGGAGACCAUCGGCGACCCGGACUGCGGCACGCCCGAGGACAAGCUGCGUCUCGCCAUUAUUUAUUACAUCUGCACGAAUAUGUCGGACGCGGAUUACGGUAAACUGGAGACAGCCCUGACCACCGCCGGUUGCGAUCUGAGCCCGCUGCUCUACUUGAAACGAUUGCGCAGUUACACCAGGAUAGCCGAGAUCCAGAGCAGCUACGAGGGCGGCGGUACCAAGACGGUCAGUAUGUUCUCCAAGCUGAUGAAUCAGGGCUCGUCGUUCGUCAUGGAGGGCGUGAAGAAUCUGGUGGUGAAAAAGCACAAUCUACCGGUCACCAAGAUAGUCGACGAGCUGAUGGAGUCCAAGCAGUCGUCGCGUACCGACGAUUAUCUCUAUCUCGACCCGAAGCAGCUCAAGCACACCGAGCAGAUGCCGAAGAAUCGGCCGACGUUCCAGGACGUGAUAGUCUUCGUGGUGGGCGGCGGCAAUUACAUAGAGUACCAGAACCUCGUGGACUACGUGAAGCAACGAAGCGGAGCUGGGGUGAACAAACGGGUGAUAUACGGCUCCACGACCUUCAUCAAUGCCAAGCAAUUGCUCAAACAGCUUUCUCUGCUCGGCCAGGAAGUUCACUCGUGAACGGAUAUCCUUAUCAUCAUCUAUUGUAUUGCUCCCUUCUCCUCCUCUCAUCUCUCUCUCUCUCUCUCUCUCUCUCUCUCUCUCU